AUGCACGAAGCCAAAGACACGUCAGACAAGCCCAAGUUUACCCGUUUCAUAAGUAUGGCGGCAUUUGGCAACGAGGAGAAGGCCAAAGCUCUCUACGCCUUUUCGCUACCAAGCAUCGACACAGCGGUCGAGAUACCGCCCGGGACAACACCGUCGCCGUUUGCGUCCCACGACCGAUCCUCGAAGAAGCGCGCCCACGAUGGGUCCUAUAGCCGGUUCCAGCAGGAUGAGCGAGACCAUCGUCCCAGGAAACAUGGACGGCACCGAUCGCCGCCUCCGGGGCCGGAUAAGUGCUUCUUUUGCCUGUCGAACCCCAACCUCUCGGCGCACAUGUGCUGUUCAAUCGGCGACGAGAGCUACCUAGCUACAGCCAAAGGACCCUUGCCUGCCUCGGAUACGUUUGCCAAAGAGGGCCUCAACUUCCCGGGUCACUUUAUCAUCAUCCCUCUUUCUCACGCACCCACCGUCAUCUCUAUGGGAGAUCCAACCGAUGCGGAGAGCACGGCAGUAAGGACGUACAAGGAAAUGACGCGAUUCAGGGAGUCGCUCCAGGCCAUGUUGGCAAAACGCUCAGAGUACAAAUUGGGUGCCGUGACAUGGGAGAUAUCACGAGGCCGGGGAAUACACGCGCACUGGCAGCUUCUGGCGGCACCGGCCGACAUUAUACGCAAGGGGUUGGUAGAAGCGGCCUUCAAGGUGGAAGCUGAGAAUUUAUCGUACCCCGAGUUCCAGACCACGGACCUGACGCUCGAAAAACAGGUGGAGUUUGGGGACUAUUUCCGCGUCUGGGUCUGGGCGGAUGACGGUGACAGCAAAAUUAAGGGCACUAGUCUCGUCAUGCCCCUGGAUCCCGACUCGCGGUUCGAUCUCCAGCUGGGCCGCCGGGUGAUGGGCAAGCUACUUGGAUUGGAAAGCCGAUUGGUCUGGCAGAACUGUGUGCAGGAGGAGGAGGAGGAAAAGGAGGACGUAGAAGCGUUCAGGCUCGCCUUCAAGGAGUGGGAUUUUACUCUGACGUAG